GCCCUGCUGUGUGGCCGUUUGCUGGGAGAGAUAGCUACAUGUCUCAUAUUGAGAUAGAAAAAAAAAAGUCUCACAUCUGUGUAUUUCUUGCCUUUACCCCAACAAACAUCAAAAUUAGGUAGCAGCAGCAACAAAUAAGUUUUUAGGAAUUAGCCAGGCCCAUAGUUUAAGUGCAAUUGGUGCGAAAUUCGAGGUAGACACGAACAACAACAAGACAAGAAAAAGAAAUCAAAUAAAAACGUAAACAAAAGAGACGAAAAACGACGCAGCAGCAACGAGCGAGCAGCAGUGGCGCAGCAGCAGCACCAGCAGCAGCGGAGAAGGAGGUGGAGGCGGAGAAGUAGAAACUGAGAAAGGAAAACAAAGAGGAGGAGCAGCACCCAAACCAAAACCCAAAACCCAAAAUCAUAUAAAAUAGCCAAUUGCCCAAAUGGACUCGGAUAACGACAACGAUUUCUGCGACAACGUCGACUCGGGCAACGUGUCCUCGGGCGACGAUGGCGACGAUGACUUCGGCAUGGAGGUGGACCUGCCCAGCUCUGCGGAGCGCCAGCUGGACGCGGAUGAUUACCAGUACAAGGUGCUCACCACCGAUGAGAUUGUGCAACACCAGCGGGAGAUAAUCGACGAUGUCAAUCUGGUGCUGAAGCUACCCACACCCAUUAUGCGGAUACUGCUGAAUCAGUUCAAGUGGGACAAGGAGAAGCUGCUGGAGAAGUACUUUGAUGCCAACAACGAGGAGUUCUUCAAAGACGCACACGUCAUAAAUCCCUUCAACAAGGCACCCGAAGCUAUCAGACAAAAGACCACGCGAAGUCAGUGCGAAGAGUGCGAAAUAUGCUUCUCUCUGCUCCCGCCAGAUUCAAUGACCGGCCUGGAGUGCGCACAUCGGUUCUGCCUGAGCUGCUGGCGCGAGUAUCUAACAACGAAGAUCGUUGCUGAGGGCCUGGGCCAGACCAUAUCGUGCGCGGCGCACGGCUGUGAUAUCCUGGUGGACGAUGUGACGGUCACCAAGCUGGUCCAGGACGCCCGGGUCCGGGUCAAAUACCAACAGUUGAUCACCAACAGCUUUGUCGAGUGCAACCAGCUGUUGCGCUGGUGUCCGUCCGUCGACUGCACCUAUGCUGUGAAGGUGCCCUACGCGGAAUCCCGUCGCGUCCUGUGCAAGUGCGGCCAUGUGUUCUGCUUCGCCUGCGGCGAGAACUGGCACGAUCCGGUCCGCUGCCGUUGGCUAAAGAAGUGGAUCAAGAAGUGCGACGACGAUUCGGAGACAUCCAACUGGAUUGCGGCCAAUACCAAAGAGUGUCCCAAGUGCAGUGUGACCAUCGAGAAGGACGGCGGCUGCAACCAUAUGGUCUGCAAGAAUCAGAACUGCAAGUACGAGUUCUGCUGGGUAUGUCUCAGUACCUGGGAGCCGCACGGUUCGUCCUGGUACAACUGCAAUCGGUAUGAUGAGGACGAGGCCAAGUCCGCUCGCGAUGCCCAGGAGAAGUUGCGUUCCUCGCUGGCCAGAUACCUUCACUACUACAAUCGCUACAUGAACCACAUGCAGUCGAUGAAGUUUGAGAACAAAUUAUACGCAUCUGUGAAGCAAAAAAUGGAGGAGAUGCAACAGCACAACAUGUCCUGGAUUGAGGUGCAAUUUCUGAAAAAGGCUGUCGACAUACUGUGCAGGUGUCGCCAGACUCUGAUGUACACAUACGUGUUUGCGUAUUAUUUGAAGAAAAACAAUCAAUCCAUGAUAUUCGAGGAUAAUCAAAAGGAUUUGGAGUCGGCAACCGAAACGUUGUCCGAGUAUUUGGAACGUGAUAUUACAUCUGAAAAUUUGGCUGAUAUUAAGCAGAAAGUGCAAGAUAAAUACAGGUAUUGUGAAAAACGCUGCUCUGUUCUGCUAAAACACGUGCACGAGGGCUACGACACGGACUGGUGGGAUUAUACAGAAUGACGCGAGUCAUGGCUGGAUAACUAAGUUAAGCUGAGAGCGGCAGGCCAGAAGGACGGAAAGGAAAUGGCACUCGGUGUGCGAUGAGUCAGAGGAGUGUAGUGCAACUAAACGCCCACAAAAUCCACGUCCACUAUCACACUGUUACGCCCACAACCAACAACCAACACCUCAACACCCUCGUUCAUAAACACCAUUAGGCAUGCACACAUUUAACACGUAAAGGCAAGAAAACAUCUCCCACCCAAUCCCAAAAAAGAAAAACACAAAAAAUGGAACCUAAACCGAAACUAGAAGCCGAAGAAGUUAAGCAUAAGGCAGUAGCUACUGUGAAUGGCAAGAAACCAGGCAUAUAUAUAUAUAUAUAUACAAGAAGAAAGUUGGAAGCUUAAGAAGUAAAUUUCAAAAUGGGGAAUUAUCCAGAGAUCAAGUCCCCAAAACAAAAGUUGCAAUAAAUGAAAAGAAACAUUUCAAAAUAUAUAUGUGAAACACGCAAGGAAUCUAUAUUAAAUGAUAAAAUACAAAAUAUAAUUGUAUAUAUACGCGAGGAGUAUAUAUCUAUAUAUAUAUAUAGACAUAUAUGUUUACGAUUCUUCUCUUCGCAACGAGAGGCGACAGCAGCAGUAGAUGCAGGAGCAUUAGAAGGAACACAAGGACUCUCACACACCACACACCACACACACACACAGAGCCAGUCACAACAAGGAUCAACAGAUACAGAGCAGCAACAGCAUAUAAUAUAUAUAUAUAAAAUUAUAUAUAUAUAUAUAUAUAUAGUAAUUAAUCAACAGUUAAAAACUUAUUUGAUGUUAACCGAUUGCAAACAAGAUCUUCAUGUUAUCAAAAAUUAGUGAAAAUGAAUUCAAGAAACCCACAAUAGGCCCUAAAGUAUACAUACAUGUGAAAGAUAAACCAACUACACAUUAAGCUAACUCCACUUGCCCAGCUCCUACGUAGGGUUUGAUUUCCUCCCUCGCUCCUUCGUCCUUUCACUGAAGAACCCUAUCGCUAUCAGAUGGCUUAGCUUCACGUUAGCUUUUUUAUAAAAAAACAAAUGCCUUUAGCUUAUUAUUUUAUUUUGGAAUUUUUUUUUACAUACAUACAUUUAUAUAUAAUUUAUAUCAGUCCCAGUUUUAUUUGGAUUCUUCCACUAUUUAGAAAGAAAUUAUUUCAUUCAUGUUUUUUGUUUAAUCAAUUAAGUGAAAAGUUUAUUAAAUUUUUUUAUCAUGCUUAGCAUAUAUAUGAAACACGGAAUUGUUUGCCAUUCGAUCGAAGAAGCUAGCCGAUAUUUCGACGGGAGCAGAGUCUUAGGCCUCAUCUUAUUUUAUUUUAUAUAAUUUUUUUAGUUCGUAGACCUCUAGAGUCCUGUACAUGUUGUAUGAUGGGUAGCUUGUAAGCCUACCAGUGAAUCCUGCUCUCUUCCUCCCGUCGCAAACACGCUGACACUCUGAGAUAUAUAUACAUAUAUAUAUAUAUAUACAUAAACAUAGAUAUAUACACCAUCCAUACACACGCUCGAUAUGUACGGAAUAUGAUGUAUGUGCCGCUGGGCAUCAGAAAUGUAUAGUUAUUCGCAUAGGCGGCGGUAGAUCGUUGUACAUAAGAGAACAGUUUUGUCCAUGGUUUCCCAACAACAACAAAAAAUU